UGUGAUUCUUUCAGUGAGGGGGGCAGAAAGGGCCUCAGUCUCCACCCUGUCUGCUUCAUGAGCAUAUUGAUCAGAAAACUCCACCAUGUGCAUUUGUUGCAGUUGAGCGUAAAGAUCCAUCACUGCGGGUGUCGGAGCCAGAGGAUCCUGGGGGAGCUCUACAGGCCAAACGGGAGCGUUUCGGAUGGGCAACAUCCCCACCACAGUGAAGCACUGCCUGAGCUAUGAACAACUCAUCCAGGAUUAUCCGUGGCUAGGAAGCCGGCUGCAGGAUGAGAAGUGUACUUUAACACGUGAAUAUCCAGAGUAUGUUAAAAUUAUUGAAGUUGGACCAAGAGACGGACUUCAAAAUGAAAAGGAAAUGGUUCCGACAAGAGUCAAAAUCCAGCUGAUAAACAUGCUCUCGGAAACAGGCCUGCCUGUGAUCGAGGCCACCAGCUUUGUGUCUUCAAAGUGGGUACCACAGAUGGCGGACCACACUGAAGUGCUUCAAGCCAUCCACAGAUCUUCUCAUGCUCGUUAUCCUGUACUGACACCCAACAUGCACGGCUUUCAGGAUGCUGUUGCGGCUGGUGCUACUGAAGUGGCCGUGUUUGGGUCUGCCUCUGAGACCUUCAGUCGGAAAAAUAUAAAUUGCUCUAUUGAUGACAGCAUACUGAGAUUCGAGGAAGUCAUUUGCACUGCUAAACAACAACAGAUUCCAGUCCGUGGAUAUGUUUCUUGUGCACUAGGAUGUCCAUAUGAGGGACCCAUUGAACCCACUAAAGUUGCAGAGGUGGUAAAGCGGUUGUAUGAACUGGGCUGCUAUGAGGUGUCUCUGGGGGAUACUAUCGGCGUGGGCACCCCAGGCUCCAUGGCCAAGAUGRUGCACUACGUCAUGAAAGAGGUACCCAGCAGCGCUCUGGCCGUUCACUGCCACGACACCUACGGCCAGGCUCUGGCCAACAUCCUAACUGCACUGCAGAUGGGGAUUUGUGCGGUGGACUCAUCUGUAGCAGGUCUGGGCGGGUGCCCAUAUGCCCAGGGAGCCUCUGGUAACGUGUCAACAGAAGAUGUUCUCUAUAUGCUCCAUGGCAUGGGCAUUAAAACUGGAGUCGAUCUCUCCAAGGUAAUAGAGGCAGGUGAUUUCAUCUGCAAAGCCUUAAACCGCAAGACCAACUCCAAGGUAGCCCAAGCAAGAAGCAAGUCCUCGUGAUUACUUUGUGCAUUGAUACAAGAAGAAGAUAAAGACCUUUCCCUUUAGCACAGUGUUUUGUCCUGUUGAUGCUGCAUAUAGAUAGCCAAUGAUUCUAUACAAAGUGCAAUAUACAUCUUUUUUUUAAACCAAAAUUGAUGGCCAUUUAGCAGAGGCUCUUUAUUAAAAUGUUGCUGGAUAAGGCCUACUUAAAUUCAAAAAUAACUGAACUUUUUUUUACCAAAAAACCUCUUCCAGUUAUCACGUAUAGUCUGUCUGGUAGGAGGUGAAAGAUAGAGAUGACUCCACACUAAGUUGUGAAAGUUAUUCAUGGUGUGUCUGUGGGGGUCUCUUCCCAUUCAUUUCCAGCUCAGCAGGAGUCCUGAUGGGUUUUAAACCAGUGAGCGUCGAUCAUUUUCUCCCUCAAAAAAAUGUUUUCUCCCUCAAAAUGUAUUUUCAAGUCCGUUGCUUUAUUAACGUGGAAGUCUGCCUGUCUCCACAUGUAAAAUAUUGAUUUGUUUUUUCUCUCUUCAAAGCAAAUGUUAUUUGUCAUGUGCCAUAUACAACUGGUAUAGACUUUACAGUGAAAUGCUUGCUUACGAGCCCGUCACAACGAUGCAGACUAAAACAAAUAAUAGUAACACAAUUCAUCCUCACCAGUGCAUGACCCCGUUCGAAACCAUAUAGAUGGUMGCGACUAUUUAUUUUAUUCUGUAGAGUUAAAAGCACAGUAGGCGGCAGCUUUAUGUUGACCUGUUGUAUGUGCAAUAGUCAGAGGGGCCAAAUGUAUUUUACCUGGAGAAGCCUCUUAACCGUUUAUUUUAGUUGAAGUAGGCCUUCUGAACAUACAGCAUAUCUAAGAACACCGAACAAUAUCAUGAACUUUGUUGUAUAACAAAGUAUUUAACCUCCCUUCCACUAGACUGGACUCCUUUUUAAACGCCUUAGAAAAUGUCAAUAUACACAAUUAAAUGAUUUUAUUAAUUUUCAAUAGUAAAAAUUAGCAUUUCAAGUAGAAUUUCAAUAGUAAUGAAUGCAGUUCAAUGUGAAGUAUUAUGUGACAAAGUCCCAUAAUAAGAAGAAAUAUAUUCAAUGUAUGUAGUGACGUUAUUCUAUGGGUUCAUCUUGCAAUAGGAAGCGACAUUUAUAUUAUACAUUAAAUAAAUAGUUAUUUAAAGAAGGGUGGUUGAGUAAGUCUGAUUUGUUAGGAAACCAAGAUAAUAUAAAUAAUAGUAUCCCUUUUAUAUUGUAGUUGGAGUGGAGGAAAUAGAAACAGAAAACAACUGAAGAGAGUUCUGGCAAACCACUGUGAAUCCAACAUGUUUACUACAUAAAGAUAAUAAAGGUUGAUUAAACAAAAUUGUUUACAGUUAAAGAGCUAGAUUACUGUAGGUUUCAGAUUACACAUGACAUUCUAAGCUUUCAAUGUUUGCCUACAGUGCUGCCUGCAUAUCUAAUAUUUAUCUAAUCAUCUACCAGCCCCUUCAGCCCAACCUUUCCCAAAAAUCAAGACCUAGCUUUGUUAUUAUCUUGUGACAAUAUUGUAUUACUUAAAUUAUUAUUUUACUUGAGAUAAAUCCAAACAGUUGUUAACCUUUAAAUAUCUUACUGGGAGAGUAUCACAGGAUUAAACACACAAUAAUCUUUUUGACACACAUUACCAAUAUAUUUUAUGAAUGUUAAAAAAUACAAAAUUCCCAUUGCUUUUGGAGGGCUUAAGUAAACACAUACAUUUUGUAGACAUCUGGAUUAAGGUGUUGAGGUUCCAUGAAAAGGGGGACAUGACAAAGCAAUGCAUCUUAUCAGACUUGAGACAGGUCAUAGACGUGACCUUAAACAUGAACAUCUGCUACAUAGCAACGUUAGCCAUCAUAUAUCAACCUAAUUAUGCAAUUCUCUAACACGUUCUGUAUAGCCAGCUAGCAUAUUGCUAAUAUAGUUAACUCAUGUUGGUUACUGGUAAUACAAUGCACAUGUUAAAAUACAACAAAGAUCUUGUUGUCUUUGCUCCCUUGGGGAAACAGGAUGGUUACAAGGCUGUAAAUAUAUAUAUAUAUAUGUUUUUCUUAUAAGAAGUUUGAAUCAGCUCGACAGCAUUGGAGUGACAAUAGAGGGAAGAAAAAAAAUUCACUUAAAAGGGAUGAGUCAAUAUUUGACCAUCAUUGCCUUGUUGACAUUACCAGUUGUAUAAUGUCCCUUACUGACUGUGUUGUGUACCAGUUACUAGAGCGCUAUCAGCUUUUUCCAGGAGUUAUCACAUAAACCACGCCACUGUGUUCUGACACUCAAGCAAGCAAGGAUAGCAGAAAUGGCUUAUGGCCGUACAUUUGUUUUAAUUGCACAAAAUUAUCUUAAAACAGAGUCAUGUUUUGACAUAUUAGUAUAAGUAGCUAAGUAAYUGUUGAUAAAAUAGUAUUUUCAAAAAGCUGUUAGAUCCCAAUAAAUCUAAAUUAGAUCAGAAAAUGCAGGUUCUGCAUUAUCAGACAUAUACCAUUGCAUACUGUACCAUAAUCAUAUGCAUAAUAUAUACACAGAUACAUGCGUGUUUGAGUGUCAAGGUCAGAAAAUUACAACACUAUUUUUAUCAGGAGGGUGAAAUUGAGGCUUUUCGUUCCCUCUGUGCGUCCUAUGAGAAAAAAAGCAAUGUAUCAAACAAUUGUAUUGUUUAAGCAUUCUACCCUGCAUCUAUUAUUAAUGUAUACUUACUUACCGUAUGUGAAAAACAAUCAUGACUCCCAACAGUACUACUGCAACAAGCAGUAUGUAUGCAAAAACAUUCACCAGCUGAUCUGAAAAAACAAAGUACACUUUCAUUUGAAGCUCUGCUGGUGGAUGUCUAUUGAUUUGACUGUCUCCAAACCAUUUUGAAUAGACACAACAACCAUUACAGUGCUGACAUUUAGCAUUACAGUUGAAGGAMAACUUCAAAUAUUACCACUCAACCAUUCGUAUCCUGAUUCUGAUUCACUCAUUGGAGGUGGCACAUAAGGAGUACUUUCUUUCUUCACUGGUGACACUGAAAUACAUUUUAAAAACAGGUUUUCAGCCACUUCAAAAUAAAUCUGAAACACAAACUAUUUGCCCCACUCCCCCCACUGACAUUGCUGAUAACUUCAUUGUUAAGAGAAAAUGUACUUAGUUAUCUUAAGAUGAAUACACUAAUAAGAGUGUCUGCUAAAUGACUCAAAUGUAAAAUGUAAAUGUAAUAAACACAUCCUUUGGGGAAAAAACUUCACCGUAUAAAUAAUCCAA